AUGGCGGAGGAAAAGAAAGGAGGAGGAGGAGGAGGAGAUACCCUUGAUGGGUAUACAUACACUGCUCCUCGUGUACACUCGGAGAUCGCUUGUCCAAUGACUUCUUCUGUUUAUGUCUUUGUUGGUAUCUGGCUAUUCCAGAGUAUAGUCUAUUUCUUUACAUGUUGGGCAUAUUCAACUAUUAUUAUAUCUGGCGAGUAA